AUGGAGGAAAUCAGGGUGUUAACACAGACUUUGGAUGUUCAAGAUUCUGUUACAGAAGAUACUAAUGAUUCCAGGGAAGCUGGUGGUGGUCUGGACGAUGGUAAUGAUAGUGAUGGUGGUCUGGAUGAUGGUGCUGGUGGUCUUGGUGGUAAUGAUGGUGCUGGUGGUCUUGGUGGUGAUGACAGUGGUGGUGGUCUGGGUGGUGAUGCUAGUGGCGAUCAUUCAGAUAACAGAGAGAUUUUAUAUCCUGAAAAAUUUGUUGUGGUCGGGUCUUGGCAAGAACAAAGGUACCAAGGUGCUCUUGCAAGCGUAUGUGGAGGAGAUCAACAAAGCUUGAUUUACAAUUUAACGUGGAACCUGAACCAGACAAUGUUAAAGACAAAAAUGCUUUGAAAUUUCAAAUUUUUCACAACAACAAGUGGCAUGUUAUUGGUUAUUGUGGGGUGAACAAAAUACCUAAACUUAAGCGAGCUAUGCACAGAAAUGAAGUACGAUCAAUGUCUCUUGAAACUUUAAAGAGAACAUAUGCCCCCAGGGAGAAGGCUUUACUAUACAGUGCAGCAUUGCUGAUUGUGAAAAGUGGACCAUGGGACAGAGAUGAUCCAAGAAACAAUUAUAACAGUGACAUAGAUUUAUAGAAUAUUAUAAAUUGUUGUUAUUUUACUUUAUUAUGGAUCCCUACAUAGAUCUGUUGGUUAUCGGAAGCCACUGUACAUUUGAAGGACUGUAAGGAGACAAAACGUAUUCAAGGUAAUUUACUACUUGCUAUGUAUAGUGAUUACAUAGUGGAAAUUUUAUUUGUGAUGUACUGUAAUACAUUACUAACCUGCGAUCAGGCCGAUAAAUAAAUAAAUAGGCCUGAUACAAACCCUAAAUCUGAUUGGUUUAUGAGACAAAAUAUUUUUUAAUCUGUCAUUUGAUUGGCUGGUGCUAAUUAGAUUAUACUAUUGUCAUUGAUAUAUUUAUACAGUAGUGUCACAACUAUAAUUAGAUUGUUGUUGUCGUUGUGUGAAAUUUAAAUUUCUCCUGCGACAUUUUGAUUGGAUACUAAAUAUAAACUUUGCUGUGGGUGGAAAGCGAUUGGAUUAAGGAUUGUGUCAGGUAUUAUUUGUAAAAUAGAGCCUGAUCUCAGGUUACUACAUUACCUAAUAAUCUUCCAUAACUGUUUGCUAUCAAAUGUUAAAAUUAAAACUACAUAUUACGUUUUUAUGAUUUUUUCAGGUGCUGUUACACAACAUUAUCUGUUGAGCUAGCUCUGUUGUUGGAUGCUGUGAUCAAAGGACUGGAAGAAGACGUGGAGGAAGAUGAUAUCCUUAUGAGUGAUCCUAAGAACUUGGUAAUUGGAACUGCAACAUUUGGUGAUGUAAGACACUCACUUCAUUGUUCACAACUGUAUAAUACUAACAAAUAA